UAUACUAUCUUUAAAAUGCGGCUUUUUCGGAAUGCAUUAAUUUUUCGAGGUUUGAUCCUCACAAUAAGUAUGUCAACAACAACAACAACAGCUGCAACAACAAAAACAACAACAACAUCGAAAACAGCAUCAAAAUCCAACACUUUGACAGCAACGCCAGGUCCAACUACUCCCACAACUGACAGUUCAACCACGACAAAUAAAACUCCAGUUCCGGUAAGUAUGACAACUCAUUCCUCUACCGGAACUGGCAGUACAACCACGGAUAUCACGACAACGUCACCUCCUUCCACUACCGGAACUGACAGUUCAACCACGGAAAACACGACAACGUCAACUCCUACCACUACCGGAACUGACAGUUCAACCAAGGAAAACACGACAACGUCGGCUCAUACCACUACCGGAACUGACAGUUCAACCACGGAAAACACGACAACGUCAACUCCUACCACUACCGGAACUGACAGUUCAACCACGGAAAACACGACAACGUCAACUCCUACCACUACCGGAACUGACAGUUCAACCACGGAAAACACGACAACGUCAACUCCUACCACUACCGGAAAUGACAGUUCAACCAUGGAAAACACGACAACGUCAACUCAUACCACUACCGGAACUGACAGUUCAACCACGGAAAACACGACAACGUCAACUCCUACCACUACCGGAACUAACAGUUCAGCCACGGAAAACACGACAACGUUAACUUCGACCAAAACUGACAAUUCAACCAAGGAAAAUAAAACCAUGUCAGCCCAAACCCUUACUGAAAGUAACAGCUCAAGCAAUGGAAUAGCAACAAGCCCGCCCGUGGAUAAUACCUCGACCAAUAACCCUUAUAACGGAGCAGAAAUUAAAGAAAGACGCGCACUAUUAUUGGGAGUUACGUGCAAUAUUUUACUGACAAGUCUAAUCCUGCUUUUGUUUCAAUGACUGUUCUGGUUGAAUCGGUUAUUAAACAUGAUUUUUUGUGGUGUUACUGAAAGCUUUAUAAGUGAAUGAUUAAAGCUGGAGACAUCGGAAGCCAGCAUAAUAAUGAAAUUGUUUGCCACCAUUACAAGAAUUGUGUGAAAUGUACUUUUAAAUUUAGACGUUCAUAUAUUCUCUGAGCAGUUCGAGACAAAACUGCAAUGUAGGAUCUAUUCAAGAAAGCCAACUGAAAGUUUACAAUUUUGGAAAAAAGAACUUGCUCUUGAUCGUCUUGUAUGUUUUAUUAAUAUAAAACUAAAGUUUGAUGUUAUUAUAUCUAAGGGUAGAAUUCGUGACCAGUUUAUACAAUUGCCAUGCCGUGUGUUUAUGUUAUUGUAACAACGAUUAACUGUAUAUGUUAAAGUUAACAAUACAUGUUCUGUUCUGUCCUGUUCUGUUUUGUUUAUACAACACUAGAAUAUUGCGUCGAUUUAUUAUAUGCCUAAAUUGGUAUUGUACUGUAUAGUAAGGACAAAUAUUCUUUUCAUUUUUUGUGCAGAUCAAAGACGAUGGUAGGAGUAAAUAUAUAGCAUAGCAUGUUUAAGAUUAACUGCUCAUAAAUGAGAAAUUGAAAAUGGCAGAUAUAAAGGUAUUUCAUGAGUAGAUGUUGUUGUUUUUUUAAAUGAUAGAAACUGAGUUUCACUUUAUGUUGUGUUGAACAAUAGACUAAGAUCAAUUUUUCUAGGUGAUAUAUCCUGGCCUCCUAUACAUGCAGGGUUACUGCUUUUACAGUGCUAAAGUCUCUUAGUAUCCAUUUUUAUUGUAAAAUGUAGCUCGACAUAUUAAACUAACUAUAUGUUUUCACUCUUAAAAUAGAAUAUUUACUUUUUGAACGUUUCUAUAUGACUAUAUCAUGUAUGUCGCCAUUGCUAUGCUUGUAAUUGA